ACAGGUCGUCCUCAGCGGGGGGGCCUGACCUGCUGUCCCGCUCCGCGCUGCAGUGGCUGUGAGAUAGCUCAGAUAGCUUACAUGAUCCGUGCACAGCUGGAAGGAACACCUGAACGCACUUUGAGCAUUACAACGUUACACAUCGCACGCACGAGAGACGCAACACGCGCAUUUACUUUCCACCAGGGAGACUCAGAAAUGAUGCCCCGUCUGCCGGGCGGCGACAGGACAACGUGCGGGACCACUGGCACCUUUUUGUCGGCAUGUCUGGUCUCCGCUUGCCAUGCCCUCCGGAACUGCGGGGAGGUCCAGUGCGGCGAUGGCCACCAGUGCUGUCCGCCCAUCGUCACCCUGAACGGCAGUGCCAGCUCCACGGUGCGCUGCUGCAAGCUCCCCAUCCACAUCUUCUUCGACAACGUAGGCUGGUUUACGCGGAAGCUGUCAGGCAUCCUGAUCCUGUUACUGCUUUUCGCCAUGGGCUACUUCAUCCAGCGGAUCAUCUGCCCGCGGCCCCGCCGGAACCCGCACAAUGACCGCAGCGAGGAGCCCUCCCUCUUUCACGGCCACGCAUCGGCGUCCCAGGACUCCCUGCUGGACCGGUACCCCGAGUACAGCCUCAGGGAAUUCGCCUCUCCGAACCUGCCAGCAUACGACGAAGUCAAAUAUUUGCCCACGUAUGAGGAAAGCAUGCAGGAGAUGCACAGAGACCGGUCCGAUGAUAACUUGCUGUCGGAAAACGAGAGGGGCGGUCAGGGCAGGGUGAGAGCGGCGGGACCGAGAGCCGGAGACCAGAGACGGGAUGUCCUGGAGGUGUCAGGACCGCAACACAGCCCGAGGACAUCUCGGAACUCUGUCUGAGAUUGGACAAAGCCACGGAGACAACAUAGCAUUCUUAUUUUAAUAUAAUCAGGGUAAUUAUCUUGCGGAGAUAUAAACUCAAGUGCAAUUAUAAUCCUGAAUGUUAAGAAUAAAAGAGGAGGCUGAGAAAAUGUACGUGUUUUGUAAGAUUAUGGAGGAUUACUCGCCUUUUGUAUGCAAAUGACCGCUUGGAGAUUAUGAAGAAAGCGAAGGCGGCUGAAAUUGACGCUCUUUGUGAUAGAGACAGCUAAUUUGGCUCCGGUACAAUCGCAUUAAGUUUUACUUCAGCACCUCAAUCUUAAGUGGCACCGUGAGACAGUUUUUCUUCUGUCAAAUUCUCGUCCUUUCUUAGUUUUGAUGCUAAAUAUUCUGCUGGACCUGAAAGAGCUGCUUUUCUUUUAUUAAGUCUUUAUUAAAUUUGCAUCCAAAAGGAAGAAUAUUUAGUUUAUUCCCCUCAGUAACCUGAAAUGCGGUCCUAAAGAGGGAUGAAGGGAUGAAUAUCAAUUUUAAUACUUUCUGCAGCACACAUUUUUCAUCAGCCAGCUUUAGAGCCAGUUCAUUUAUAUCUUAUCAGCAUGGAAGCAAUAUUUUCUUCAAAAUGACUCACACACACAUACUGUAUAGCCUACACACUUCAGUGGGGGGGCUGACAGAUAAGGAUUUUAUCUAAGACCUGAGCCAUGUCUCAUAUGCCUACUGCAAAAGCUGAAGCCACAGCAGACAAUUGCAAUUUAAAAUAAAUAAAUUAAAAAAAAAAAGCUCUGAUCCUGGGAGCCUUACUGCCAGAGGCUACAUGUAGGCCUGUCAGUGUCUCCUAGGUUCUGAAUUCUGUAAAAACAAUGGCAGAUAUUACAGCUGGCAUACUGAUAUGGCGUAAGCAAAGACACAAAGUUGUGUUUGAUGAUAGCAUGUCAUACCAGAUCACAACCGCUUCCCCAAGCAGCACUAACACUGUACAGCUCCGACCAAGCACAUGGGACAAAGACAAAGGGACAUCUACAGGAAACAGGGGUGACACAGAGACAGGAGGCAGUCUUUCUUUGUUCUGGCAGAGUGGUCAGAGAAUAUCUUCAGAUCGACUUGUAUGUUGACCUCAAGUGUGUAACUAUCCCCUGCUAAUUUGCAUAUCUGACUAAUGAGACAAGUAGUGUCUUUUUUUUGCUGCUGGAAAUCCAAAACCAAGCUAACACCACACACACUUCAUUACAUCAGGCUUAAUGGCCUGUUUACCUGGAUUAAAGCUAAAUGUGUAUUUGCCAUUAACUGUCCAUUAAAAUGCCUAAUUAUGUUAUAAUAUUGAAAAAGCUCAUUUGUCAGUGUCACUUUGCCUUGACAUUAUCCAGGCGUGUGGUAAACAGUCACACUUGCCAUAUCAUAUCUCCAGCCCAGACUUAAAGUAAUGUGAGCACAUCAUUAGUCCCAGGGCAAAAGAGAAGACAAGUACAUUUCAAAGAGAAUUUUGUUAUUGCCAAGCUUUUUCACAAUUAAGUGAUUUAUCAUUGGUUUACAAAAUUCCAUAGAAAAGUGAAAAAUGUCCAGCAUGAGUUCCCAGAGUCCCAGAUGACAUCUUCAAAUAGCUUUUGUCUGACCAACAGUCAAAAACACCAUCAUAGAAUUCUCAGAAAACUCGCAAAGAUCCCCAUUUAAGAGACUGGAAGAAGUGAUUUUUUUUUUUAACACUUUUGUUUAAAAAAAUACUUUAAGGAUAGAUUAUUAAUAUUUAUUAAUAAGUACAACAAUUCUGUCAGAUAUAGCUAUUAAAAAAAUGGAAGAAGUUGCUGCUGAAGCAUCUGUAUCUGCAAACCUAGACUUCACAAUUAGAGACCUUGAGCUCCUCUAAUGCUCCCGACACUAAAAGUCUGAGAGCGAUUGUGGUGGCGUGUGUAAUCCAAUACUGCCAGACCAUGACGGCAGAGCCAAUGGUUAACACUGAUGGCUUUCCAUCUAUCAGUUUGCACUUAAAAGCAUAACAUCCAUGUUUAAAACCCACUGAUGGUACUGAUGAGAUGGAGUAUGUGACCCUAAGAUUCAUGAAGCCGUAUAGGAGUACUCACACCAUAAGAGGUGUGAAUGUUGUGUUUCACUCUGUCCUUUAUAGUCAUCGCAGUUCAUUGUGAACCAGCUCCUAUAUCUAAGCUGUAAACUGGGUUUAGGAGCACAAUGGGCAAAACCAGCCACCUACAGUUCCCAGCAUGAAACUUGAAUCAGAUAACAUACAGCUGGGACAUCCCUUGGCAGGGAGAGGACAGUGAUAUAGUUGAUUUUCUUUUCCUCAAAUCCACAUUAUAAAUAAUAAAACACACAAACACACACACACACACACACACAAGCAACCAUAGAAUCUGUGCCAAUGAUCCUGUUAUUCUAUGACUCACUGGACCAAAUAAUGGAUCAACUAUAAAGGUCAAAUCAAUGAGCAUUAUCCUCCUUAAAUAAAUAAAUUAA